CUCCACAUUCCUAAGUCGUUUUUAGAGGACUGUGGUUGCGUCACUGGUUAAUUUGCAUAUUACGGCGUAUAUAUACCCUGAUUGCGCUACCAUGCGCAUCACAGCGCCACACCAUCUGGAGCCAAAUUAACUGUUACCAGUCGAACUCCGAUAUCUGCCAUCAUGUCUGAUAAACCAAACCUGGAGGAGGUCACCAGCUUCGACAAGACCAAGCUGAAGAAGACCGAAACCCAGGAGAAAAACCCAUUGCCAUCAAAAGAAACCAUCGAACAGGAGAAGCAGGCGGAAUCCUCAUGAACCCCUUGUUGCCACUAUGCACUGUACAUUCCACAAGCAUUGCCUUUUUCACCACUUUUAGCUCUUUAACUUUGUAUUGGAAAACCUAAGUUGCAUUGUGAUUGGACAGAUCACAGAUGACUGUACAGCCCAUAUGCCUGAGCCCCUUAAACUGCAAAGAAAGAAAAUGUUCAGAUUGGCAGUCUGCACAGAAGAAAUGCCACCAAUCAUGAUGUUCCCCCUUGCGUUGUGCCACCUGUGUCCCUGUCUGGUUCAAGUCUCUAGAGGCAAAAGGGGAGGAGCAAGAGUGAUUGAAAAGUCCAGGAUCCCACACUUGUAACAGCCGGAGUGUGGGACUGUUGGUGACUGAUCAAAAUGCUAUCAAGUCAUGCAGUGUUUGUUUUUUGUAUAAGUUUAAAUCUGGGAAUGCACAAAUUUUGUUUUGAUAUGCAAAUAAAAUAAUAAACCUGGAACUUGA